CGCUCGCCGCCGCUGUGGUAAUGUCCGCCAUGUUGGCCAUGGCGCAGGGAGCGGAUCGGGCGGGCGAGCGGCGGAUCUAGAGUGUGGAAGCGGCCGCGGGCGGCGGGGGGCUGUUUUCGGGCGGGGUGGGCGCCCAUGCUGUGGCCGGGGGCAGUGAGGAGGAGGAGGAGGAGCGGGCCGGCCGCGCUGCACUGAGGAAGGAGGUGGAGGAGGCGGCGGGAGUGCUCCCCCCCUCCCCGCCCGCCCCGCCGCCGCCGCCCGGGCUGUUCCUGUAAGGCGGGGAGACAAUGAGUAAACUCUCCUUCCGAGCGCGGGCGCUGGACGCCGCCAAACCGCUGCCUAUCUACCGCGGCAAGGACAUGCCUGAUCUCAACGACUGCGUCUCCAUCAACCGGGCCGUGCCCCAGAUGCCCACCGGGAUGGAGAAGGAGGAGGAAUCGGAACAUCAUUUACAGCGAGCUAUUUCGGCACAGCAAGUAUUUAGAGAGAAAAAAGAAAGCAUGGUCAUUCCUGUUCCUGAGGCAGAGAGCAACGUCAACUAUUACAAUCGCUUGUACAAAGGAGAGUUUAAACAGCCUAAGCAGUUCAUUCAUAUUCAGCCUUUUAAUCUAGACAACGAGCAACCAGAUUAUGAUAUGGAUUCAGAAGACGAGACUUUAUUAAAUAGACUUAACAGAAAGAUGGAAAUUAAGCCUUUGCAAUUUGAAAUUAUGAUUGACAGACUUGAAAAAGCCAGUUCUAAUCAGCUUGUAACACUUCAAGAAGCAAAACUACUGCUAAAUGAAGAUGAUUACCUUAUUAAGGCUGUAUAUGACUACUGGGUGAGAAAGCGUAAAAACUGCAGGGGGCCAUCCCUCAUUCCUCAGAUCAAACAAGAGAAAAGAGAUGGCUCUACCAACAAUGACCCUUACGUUGCUUUUCGGAGGAGAACAGAAAAAAUGCAAACUCGUAAGAAUCGUAAGAAUGAUGAAGCCUCUUAUGAAAAGAUGUUGAAACUGAGACGAGAAUUUAGCAGAGCCAUAACCAUUUUGGAAAUGAUUAAGAGAAGAGAAAAAACAAAACGAGAAUUAUUGCAUUUAACCUUAGAAGUUGUGGAAAAAAGAUAUCAUUUAGGAGACUAUGGAGGUGAAAUUCUUAACGAAGUCAAGAUCAAUAGAUCAGAAAAAGAACUAUAUGCCACUUCAGCAACUCUUCAUAAUGGAAAUCACCACAAAGUCCAAGAAUGUAAAACUAAGCACCCUCAUCAUUUGUCUUUGAAAGAAGAGGCUUCUGAUGUGGUUCGUCAAAAGAAGAAGUACCCAAAGAAGCCUAAAGCAGAGGCUUUGAUAACAUCUCAGCAGCCCACUCCUGAGACAUUGCCUGUGAUCAAUAAGAGUGACAUUAAGCAAUAUGACUUUCACAGCUCAGAUGAAGAUGAAUUUCCACAGGUACCAUCCCCAGUGUCAGAACCUGAAGAAGAAAAUGAUCCAGAUGGUUCCUGUGCUUUCAGAAGGCGGGCAGGAUGCCAGUAUUAUGCUCCUCGUUUGGACCAAGCUAACCAUACAUGUGAAAAUUCAGAAUUGGCAGAUUUAGAUAAGUUAAGGUAUAGGCAUUGCCUUACAACACUUACAGUCCCAAGAAGAUGUAUAGGAUUUGCAAGAAGGCGAAUUGGCAGAGGUGGAAGGGUCAUAAUGGACCGAAUAUCCACAGAACAUGACCCAGUCCUGAAACAGAUAGACCCUGAAAUGCUGAAUAGUUCUUCAAGCUCUUCCCAAACUGUAGACUUUUCUUCUAAUUUCUCUCGGACCAAUGCUUCCAGUAAACCUUGUGAAAACAGACUGUCCCUUUCUGAAAUAUUAAGCAAUAUCAGAUCAUGUCGACUACAGUGUUUCCAGCCAAGGCUACUAAAUUUACAGGACAGUGAUAGUGAAGAAUGUACCUCAAGAAAACCAGGGCAGACUGUGAACAAUAAAAGAGUUUCUACAGCAUCUGUAGCUUUAUUGAGCACCAGCAAGAAUGGCAUAUCAGUAACAGGGGGCAUCACAGAAGAGCAGUUUCAGACACAUCAGCAGCAGUUAGUUCAAAUGCAAAGGCAGCAACUCGCUCAGCUUCAGCAGAAGCAGCAAUCCCAGCAUUCCUCACAGCAGACACAUCCAAAAGCACAGGGCUCAAGCACCUCUGACUGUAUGUCUAAAACACUCGAUUCAGCCAGUGCCCACUUUGCUGCAUCUGCGGUGGUCAGUGCACCUGUUCCAAGUCGCAGUGAGGUAGCUAAGGAACAGAACACUGGUCAUAACAACAUAAACGGUGUUGUCCAGCCUUCAGGAACCUCUAAAACAUUAUACUCUACCAAUAUGGCUUUAUCAUCCAGCCCAGGGAUUUCAGCUGUACAACUUGUAAGGACAGUUGGCCAUACUACUACAAACCACUUAAUCCCAGCGUUGUGCACAAGCAGCCCUCAAACACUUCCCAUGAACAAUUCCUGCCUAACAAAUGCAGUGCACCUCAAUAAUGUCAGUGUUGUUUCUCCAGUCAAUGUGCAUAUCAAUACACGGACUUCAGCACCAUCGCCAACAGCCUUAAAACUUGCCACAGUUGCUGCCAGUAUGGACAGAGUGCCAAAGGUUACUCCCAGCAGUGCCAUCAGCAGCAUAGCAAGAGAGAACCAUGAACCAGAAAGAUUGGGUUUAAAUGGAAUAGCAGAAACAACAGUAGCUAUGGAAGUGACAUAACCUAAAACAUGUGAUGUUGACCUGUGUGGAUGGUGUGCAGUCAUUCAUAUUCCAGCUGAAUGCAAAAGGCGACACUCUGUGGAUCACAGAGCGUAACAAUGGACCUAAAUGGACUACAGUAUAUUGGAUGUUAAUCCAUAUAUGAUGUAUAUUUUGUAAAAUUGGGAAAAUCACUACCUUGUAAAAUAGUUUAUUUGUAUCAUCAAUAUUAUUUCUGUUACUUGAAUAGUAGAUAUUCAUCAUCAUGCUUUUGCACUUGAAUUUGCAACUGAAUGGAUUUUAAAAAAAUAAUUCUUUAAUGGGAUCAUGAGCAUGAAAUGGGAUCCUGCAUCACUUGUUUUAACUAUUUAUUUUGCCAUGUUUACAUUUUGUAUCUUGUAAAAAUAAAUCCAACUUUGUGUCUAAAAA